AUGCAUUUAUUGGUUUCUAAAUUUAAUAUUCAAUUUCUUAAUAUAGAAAUGGGAUCCAGAAAAGAGAAGUUUAUAUCUGAGUUGACAGCUAUGGGAUUUUCAUUAGAAAACACUUUAAAUGCCCUCGAAUUAUGUGAAUAUGACUUCAAUUCCUCUCUUAGCUAUCUAAUUGAAAACUCGAACAACGAAAACCCAGCAGAUGGCCAGAAUUCAAGUCAAGAAAGUACACCAUCUAAUAAUAGCUCUUAUAAAAUCAACCUGAACACAUUAGAGCCUUUAAAUCCUGAAGAGCGUCGACGAAUUAAAGGAGUCCCAGUCGGAUUAAAAAAUAUCGGAAAUACAUGCUAUUUCAAUUCUCUAAUCCAGAGUUACUUUAUGAUACCUUCCUUUGUAAGAGAGAUUUUCGGUUACCCAAUCGAAGAUAACACCAACAAAAAAAUGCAAAAUUUGCAAAAUGAGAAUGGGAGAGUCUUAGAGCAGCUUCAAAGGCUGUUUGCUCAUAUGAUUGGGACUAAUAAAAUGUAUAUUGAUCCAACUUUUGUAUUGAAUGCUUACUCCCCCUUGUGUGAGCCAACAAAACCAUUGGAAAAAAUCCCCGUUUUUUGUUAAAAAAACCCUCUCUGUGAGUUAACAAAACAAUUUUGAUAGAUAUACUCCUGAAUUUUAAAGAUUCUUAUUAGGAGCCAUUUUGGGCUUUGGACAAAAAAUAUCGGUUUCAAAAAAGAGUUUACAAACCAAAUCGUUUUUGGCAAACCGCAAAUGGCAGUUACACUUUAUCUGAAAAUUCAAAUUUUAGCCUAAAAUCCAAAAAAACGGCUAUUAGGCCGAUCUAAAAGGGGUAAUUAAUUAUAGGUGAUAAUUAGUAUAUGGAAAUCUCUAGCUAAUUCUGUUUGAUUGCUUAGUGAAUGACUUGAAAAAUGAUAUGAAAAUGGGGAAACAGAAUGAUGUAGGAGAGUUUAACAUUGUUCUGACUUCAAAAAUAGAUGAGUCUAUAAAACAGCUGGAAGAAAACAAAAAUGCAAUUGAUAAGCCUCUUAUAGAACUAUUUGAUGGAAAUUCUAGUGCACUUGCGGAUAUGUUUUAUGGGAAACAGUGUGAAAUUAUUAAGAGCAAUGAGGAGGAUGGGGCAAAAGUAAAGCAAAGCAGUCAAAAUAUAUUUGGCCAGAUUAAUCUAAACAUCCAUCAUGAAGAUUUAUAUUCCGCAUGAGAUUCUGCCACGAACUCUAAAAUCGAAGGCUUUGUGACUCCCAAGAAUCAUAUUGCAAAUGCAAGCCAUAGCAUAUAUAUAAAUAAAUUGCCAUCAAUUCUUUUAUUUCAAAUCCAAAGAGUUUUCUAUGACAAUGCGUCAAGCCAAGCUGUAAAAACCGAAGACAAAUUUUCUUUCCCAAAAACAAUUUACGUCGACCGAUUUUUAUUAAAAAAUCAAAAAUAUACAAAAUCACUGAAAUUGAAAGCUGAGAACUUGAGAAGAGAAAUUAAAGACCUAGAGCUUUUUAUCGACUCUAACCUGAAUUAUAACUCAUCAUCUAUGAGUUUACAAAACAUACUUAUGAGUUCAGCAGAUUUUGUGAACAAGUUGUCAAAAAAUGAAUUAAGCCCUGAUCAUAUAAAAGCUGAAGAAGAAAAGCAAAAAGAUUUAAUUACAACUUCAAGUACUUUAUUUUAUUUAAUUGAACAAUUGAAAACACAGUUAGAAGCAGCUCAAGACCGAAUUAAUACUCUGAAAUUGGAGUUAGAGUCGAUUUAUGAUACUCAAGAGCUGAAAAAAUCCCCUUAUUUACUUCAUUCAAUAUUAGUCCAUGAAGGUCAAGCUGAUAAAGGUCAUUAUUAUUCAUUUAUAUACGACCCAGAAGACCAAAGGUGGAGAAAAUAUAAUGAUAUUCACGUAACUGAUGUGACUGAAGCAGAAGUCAUGGCAUCUUCAAUAGGUGGAAAUGGGUCAAGCUCUGCUUACUGCUUGGUCUAUCUCGACCCUAUUUGUUUAGAAAAUGUUUCUCAGGAGAGGUUCAGAACAUACUCAAUCCUAGGUGACAUAAAUGAUGAUCUCUACACAAGAUUCAUCCCUGAGCAGCUCAAAUACGAAGUAAAAUACCAAAAUGACCGAGAGCUCGAGCAGCUUUAUGAGUGAAGAGCUUCAAUGGCUUUGAAUGAAAUCCAAGAACUAUAUUUAGCAAGGCAAGCGGCAUCAUACGACCACUAUAUUAAAUUCCGCGCCCAAAAAUCUACACCUGGGGAAACUAUACAAUAUGAGCUCAUUAAUUUUGCAACUUAUCUAAAAAUUAUCGGAGCCGAGCAUUUAAGCAGAUGGCAAAUCCUUGAUACCUGUGUCAAAGAAAUCGACCAACAAAAACGCUCCCUUGCGGAUAUUGAAAAAAUUGACCCUUUAUAUAUCAAACUUAAAAAGAACUUUCUUAAGAACUGCAAAGAAGGCCCUGCAAAUUUAGAUUUAAAGGAGUCUGAAAUCCGAGCCCUUGAAAAAGAGCUAAAUUCUUUUGGAAAAAUAUUAAAAGACGCUUAUUUGACAACGCAUUCGCUGAAAUGUAUGAAUAAAGGUAAAAUUAUUGACGCAAUGAAAAGUUUUGUAUAUCAAUUGCAGCUUUCUCGAGAUGAAAGCACAAUUUAUCAAAAAAUUCCUAGGGAUGCCCAUAAAGUUUUACUAUUAAAAGUUAUGUCUGAUGUCAUAAAAAAUCUUGCCGCAAGAAGGUAUAAAGAAGCAAUGGAAUUUUUGGGACAUGUUAUUAUGAUGGUAUGCUUGGUUCUUGAAGAGAAUGAUCCACAUUUUAAACAAAUAGAGCUGGUUGUCGAAGAACUGUCACAGAGGGUCGAUGAAAAAGAAUUAGGCCCUGAAAAUUUUCAAAAGUUUAUAGAGCUGAGGACUGCAUUGAAAACGGGGGAUUUUGUUUCUUCUUUUGAUUUUCUAGAUCAGCCUUCAAAGUUAAGAAAAUUAGUUGCAAGGCUAGAAAUGCUGAAUCCUUAUGCAUGGAAAGAUGGAUGGCGCCAAAAAGAUAUAGCUGUACAAUUCGCAAAAGAAUUGAAUGAGCUAAAGCAUGGGAAAUAUACUAAAUGAAUCAACUUGCACAAUAAGUUAGCAAACCAUGCUAAAUUCGUUGAGAGUUCAGAUUUUUUGAUAGACAGUUCGUGAAGCUAA